AUGGAAGGGAAAGGGAAGCAGAGGCUAGUUCUUGGGAGGUCGGUGAAGAAGGAAUUGACCGGCGAUGUCGGGUCGUCUGACGACGAUGGUGAGUAUCAGCAUGUGGGUUACUAUCUGGAACAUGAUUCUGAAGCUAGCAAGAAAACGAAACUGGUCAUCUCUGCCUCUGCCAGCUGCCGGGGAGGAAGAAAGGCGCCUAGCGGCGGCGGCGGUGGCGGUGGGAUGAGGUGCUGCCAGGCUGAGAACUGUACGACUGAUCUUGUUGAUGCAAAGCCGUACCACAGGAGGCAUAAGGUGUGUGAGUAUCACUCCAAAGCUCAGGUUGUGCUUGUUGCUGGAAUGAGGCAGAGGUUUUGCCAGCAAUGCAGCAGAUUCCACGAGCUAUCAGAGUUCGACGACAUGAAAAGGAGCUGCAGGAGGCGCUUGGCUGGGCACAACGAGCGAAGAAGGAAGAAUGCAGCUGAACCCCAUCACCAUCACCAUGCCUCAGCAGCAGCAGCAGAAGAAGGAUCAAGCAGGAGAGGAGUGGUGGUGGAAGGGCAGUUGCAGGACAUUAUGUGUGGCCAAGUUGGUGAUCACAGCAGCAGCAGCAGGGCACGGAUCAAGAUCGCCACAAUCCAGGAGAAUCCCACGUACAAGCAUUUCCAGAUCAGAUGA